AUGAAUAUGUCAUCUGAUCCAAAUAUGGAUGGAGUACAGUACUGCUUCCCAUCUGUUGAGAAAUCGUGUAUGAGAAAUAGCCUUCCUGCAACACUUACUGCUCUGUUAUACACAUUAAUAGCUGCACUUAUAAUUACUGUUAUUGGUGGAAAUCUUGUUGUGAUUAUUUCUGUCUUCCAUUUCCAACAGCUUCAUUCUCCAUCCAACUUUUUAACACUUUCUUUGGCUGUUACUGAUUUCUUUGUCGGUUUCCUUGUUUUACCAUUUAGCAUGGUAAGAUCCAUUGAGGCAUGUUGGUAUUUUGGCAAUACAUUUUGUAAAAUCCACUCUGCAUUCGACAUGGCUUUCACAACUGUAUCUCUUUUGCAUCUUUGCUUUAUUGCUGUAGAUCGUUACUACAUCAUUUGUGACCCACUGCAUUAUUCUUCAAAAAUCACAUUUUCUGUCAUAGCAGUGUUUUUGUCUGUCUGUUGGGCAGUACCCAUAUGUUUCAGUUGUUCUAUAGUUUUCUCUGGUAAGAAUGUAGAUGAGACAUUUUUGUCUUACAUUUACUGUGAAGGGUUAUGCAUACUAACAUCUGACAAAAUGUGGGGAGUGAUUAUACCUGUAGUAAAUUUCUUUUUGCCUGCAUCAGCAAUGAUAGGCAUUUACAUUAAGAUUUUUGCUGUGGCUAGAGACCAUGCCAAAGUUAUUAAUGGCAUUGCAGACAACAUAAUUUCUGUGAAAAAGCAUAGCAAACAAACAAAGGAAGCAGAACAAAAAGCAACUAAAACCCUAAUAUUAAUAAUGGGUGUAUUUUUAUUUUGUUGGUUACCUGCUAUGAUUAUGAUAAUGCUGAAUUUUUAUUUCAGUGUCUUUAUUCCAUCUUUUAUUUUUGAAGUAUUAAGCUGGUUAGCAUAUUUUAAUUCAGCUUGUAAUCCCAUUAUUUAUGGCUUCUUUUAUCCCUGGUUUCGAAAAGCAUUUAAAAUGGUUUUAACUGGUAAAAUAUUUACUGUUGCAUCCCAUACCUUUAAUCUCUUCUCUGAAAACCAUUGA